GUGGUUUUCUUCAAGAUGGCGGGGCUGCAAUUGAGGCAGUAUGGCGGCGCGUCGAGAAUUAAAAUAAUUUAGAAAGGUAACUUAGUUAGGUGCCAAUAGGAAAAGGCCGUGUCAUAUUUAUCGCUCCCAGAAGAUACCAGUGGAGGAUGAUCAGUGCCUAGAUCCUGUAUUAAGCUGAAUGCAUUGUGAUUUCCAAUAAUUGAGACAGUGAUUCUGAAAGCUGUCUACAUUAAUGAAAAGAACAAUGUAGUCAGCUUAGCAUUUUCACCUCUGGUACGUGGUCUAUACAGGGAUGUGCUUCUGCAUGCAUUCUGGGUUUAGAUAAGUCUCUCAACAGGUCAGAUUUUAGUAUAAAUUCUCAGUCUGUGUAAAGUUUUAGUUCGUGAUAGAGAAGAAAUGGAGAUAGAUGAUGUUCUACCCCCUCUCCCCUUGGAGCCACCUGAUGAUAUUGGCCGAGAUGAGGGCAGAGCACCUCCACCACCUCCCCUGCAAACGUCCAGUGACGCAGAGGUAAUGGACGUUAGCUCUGGUGGUGAUGGAUACACAUACACCCCAGGGGACGGGGAAGCCCAGCCACAGCAGCCCCACAGCAUGGGCUCAGUAACUUUCUGUAGCCACCUCUCAGAUGAGGCCAAUCCCAGUCCACCGUGCCCCAGAACAGCCCGCCACGCUCCCCCAGUCACCAAGUUUCUACCAGACCUCAAGCUGCUCAGAGAUGUUAAGAUCAGCGUAAGCUUCACUGAAAGCAGCAGUAGCAAGGACAGGAAGGUUUUGUACACGGGUGAAGGGCAGGAGGGAGGAAGCGAUGACUGCUUAGACAGCCUGAAUGGUGAGUUGCAUGACUCGACUAGUGAGCAGGAGGUAGCUGAGGGUAGCUCUGGAGCAGGAAACAUCGCAGGCAGGGCAUCGGACGAGGCUGAGGUAGACCUUGAAAACAAGGUAGUGUUCGCAGUCCUGGAUGAGUUGGAUGACUUCUACGAGAACUUCCUGGAUCAUGACAAUGGGGAACAUGGCGGCUUUAAGUCUGAGGUCAUUGUUCAGCAGGAGCAAGCAGAUGACGAGGCUGUGACUUACUCCUAUGAGGAGGAGUUUGACAAUGAUGUCGAUGCGCUGCUGGAGGAGGGCAUGCCAGUCCCAAAAAAGAUGCGUCCGGCAGAGGACAGAUAUGCCGGGGACAGUGAUCAUCAGUCAGAUGGUGAAGGAGGUGUUCAGCCCAUGAUGACCAAAAUUAAGACUGUCCUGAAGAGCCGGGGGCGUCCUCCCACUGAGCCUCUACCUGAUGGAUGGAUCAUGACAUUCCACAACUCAGGCAUUCCAGUCUACCUGCACAGAGAGACCAGGGUGGUGACCUGGUCCAGACCCUACUUCCUUGGGACCGGCAGUAUUAGGAAACAUGACCCUCCUACCAGCAGCAUCCCAUGCCUGCACUACAAGAAAAUGAAGGAACAAGAGGAAAGGGAGCUGAAUGGAGAGGGGACACUUAAUGUAGUGGAGUUUCCAGUCAAGACCGGUGAGGAGACCAAUGGUGAAGAAGGAUCUGGCAGGACAGAGGCUACAGCUGAGGAGCAGGAUGACGCCCCUCCCUCCAGUCUGACUGACGGUGGCCCAGACGGAGAAGGUAACAGCCUGCAGGCUAAAGACUCCGAGCCCUGUGACACUGCCCAAGGAGCCUUAGGACAAGUCAAGGCCAAGGUGGAGGUGUGCAAGGACGAGUCCAUAGAACUUGAAGACUUUCGCCUGUACCUCGAAAAAUGCUUUGACUUUGAACAAGUCACUGUAAAGAAGUUUCGUACCUGGGCUGAGCGAAGGCAGUUCAACAGAGACAUGAAGAGGAAGCAGGCAGAGUCAGAGAGACCUAUUCUGCCUGCCAACCAGAAACUCAUCACACUGUCAGUCCAGGAUGCACCCACUAAGAAAGAAUUUGUCAUCAACCCUAACGGAAAAUCUGAAGUUUGCAUCUUGCAUGAAUAUAUGCAACGUGUCCUCAAGGUUCGACCUGUUUACAACUUUUUUGAAUGUGAGAACCCAAGUGAACCCUUUGGAGCAUCAGUCAUUAUAGAUGGAGUUACCUACGGCACAGGAACUGCAAGCAGUAAAAAACUUGCCAAGAAUAAAGCUGCUCGAGCCACACUGGAAAUCCUCAUCCCUGACUUUGUGAAGCAGACCUCGGAGGAAAAGCCUGUUGAGGGCGAUGAACUGGAGUAUUUUAAUCAUAUCAGUAUAGAAGACUCAAGGGUGUAUGAGCUGACCAACAAAGCAGGACUACUUUCGCCAUAUCAGAUUCUUCAUGAGUGCCUUAAAAGAAACCAUGGAAUGGGAGACACCAGCAUUAAAUUUGAGGUGAUCCCAGGGAAAAACCAGAAGAGUGAAUAUGUGAUGACAUGCGGGAAGCACACUGUGCGUGGCUGGUGCAAGAACAAGAGGGUUGGCAAACAACUAGCAUCUCAGAAGAUCUUGCAGAUGCUUCAUCCCCACGUCAAGAACUGGGGCUCACUGCUGCGUAUGUAUGGCAGAGAGAGCAAUAAGAUGGUCAAGAAGGAGAACUCUGACAAGAGUGUGAUCGAGCUCCAGCAGUAUGCCAAAAAGAACAAGCCAAACCUUCAUAUCUUGAACAAACUGCAAGAAGAAAUGAGGAAACUAGCCAGACAGAGGGAGGAAACCAGGAAGAAGCCCAAGAUGACCAUAAUGGAGUCUGCCCAGCCAGGGAGUGAACCCCUCUGCACUGUUGACGUUUAAGUCUCUGAAUCACUGAUGAACCACGGCACUGAAACCCAGUCACUGUCUGACACCACCAUCCGUCACUUAAUUAUGCAUCACUGAGAUCCAAUGGCAAUAUAGUUAGACCAGGCCGGUAGAACUGCUUGCUUCCUUCGCCCACGUUUUAUUGGUUCAGCUGGUAGAUGUGAGGGUAGGACUAAAUGCACUAACGGACAGUAGAGCAAAUAUCUUCUACCUCUCUAGAUGCAUCCUCGCUAUGGCACUACAGGAGAAAAAAAAAAAAAAUCACCCGGGGCUGCAGAGAAGCUAACCUGACUUGAUAACAUAUGAACUGCAUCAAAAUAAAAAUGCAUGCUUCUUUGACCGCAAAAAAACACUGCACACCUUGGUUUUAUUUUGAAGUGUCGUUUUCAACGGUCACAAUCUUAGCGUGCCAGCUCCUAUUAGUUUUGUUUGUGCUUCAAGUAUUUGAAAGGGACUACUAAUACUUGUGUAUUUAUACCAUUCAUUUAAUUGGGAAACAACGUUACAUGUUUAUUGGGUAUUUUAAUGGUAGUGUUAUGGAUGUUUUGGGUGAUGAAUAGAAAAUAUGCCGUUUUGUUUUUCCUCCAAAUGGACAGUUGCUGUCUUGGUUUGCACGAUAAAAACAUGCGUUGUGAAGUGGUCACUUUUCAGAACUAUUGUUAUGCACUCGUGUCCUGUCAGAUAUUUUUGUUGACUGAUCAUGCUGUUGGUACAGGAACCAACUGCGUUUGGGAUUCUGGGGGUGACUUUUGUACGCGGAGGGACUUGUUGCCUUUUUUUUUCUCUUUUGCUUUGGCAUUACAAGAUACUGGCCCCCUGCUCCCCUGCAGUAAACCUAAGCACUGGGCCACAGAUUAUGGUCGUGUGUUUAAAGGCUCAUUUCUUUUAUGCUCUUUGUUCUUGCUAGCUUUUUAUUAAGGUACUUAUGUCAUGCACACCAACUAACCACUUGGUACAUUUCAGUAGCUUUUCAGUUUUGGUGCCCUUAAGAGAUCAUGUUGGCUACAUGUUGCCUUAGUUAAUUCAUUUCAUGAAGGGCUCAGAGUAUAUACUAAAUAUUGGACCUACACCCUUCAACAGGAAGUGGAAAGACCAAGCCCCCUUUACUUGAUAAAGCAUUUACUCUUUAGCCAGUUGGUAUUUUAAAGAAGACAGCCGGUUAAACAUCAGAUACUAUGGGGGAAAUGCCUACAGCAUGUGCAGAUUUUUAAGACUUGUCUUAAUGGAUUGUGUAUUUUGUGUACGUUUGCCAUCAUUGUGACAGUCGAUCAUAUUUUCUGACCACAGGUAGAAUACAUUUUUCAAAAGGCAGCCUUGCGAAAUGUAGUUGGUACACUGACAUGAGCAAAUUACGAUCAAGUCAUUUAGUCCGACACAAGCUGACGAAACUGUGUAUACCAAAGCUUACAUACAGUCUUAUGCAUUUUAUAGAAUAAUGUUGCUGCAAACUGUACAGUAGAAACAUCUAACACAGGACAAUACAUAGUCGUUACUUGCUGGAACAAAAUAGAAACUGCUGUGCAUUCUUUGUCAAGUAUUUGGCCUGUGGUUUUUCUACAGAACAUUCAAGGACACGCCACAGUUUAAACACCAGGCUGUAGUGAUAUUGUAGAUUGCUUUAAGAAUGUGCUUUCCCCUUUGUGUGUUUGUCGUCUUGCCAAGUGUGUGUCAGUGUGAGGAGGAAAAAAAAAUACUGCUUUUACAUGUGUUGCUGUUGAGUUGUACCAAUGUAUUGUUUGAGAUGUUGCUGCCUAGAAAAUGAAGUAUGUAUUGCAACCUCAGCUCCAUGACUUCAGUGAUAUUUGUAAUGCAAAAUAAAAUGUCUUGACUAAUGA